CUCCUUCAAGAUGCUGGUGGUCCUGCUCACAGUGGCCUUGCUGGCCCUGAGCCCAGCUCGGACCUUAUGUGAAGAGGUCAUCUAUGAAGACCCUUCCUCCCUUUCAACAGAGGUUGAGGACCCAAGCCAGAGCUCUGAACAAGGACCUCAGAGACCACCUCCUGGAGGACGCCCACCCAGACCCCCUGCAGAUGGUGGAGAUGAGAAUGAAGAUGAAGAGGAAGAUGAUGAUUCACAGCAGGGACCACCACAAGGAGGCAACCAGCAGCCUGCUCGCCCUCCUCAUCCUGGACACCAACAGGGACCACCCCAACAAGGAGGCCAGCAGCAGCAACAGCAGCAGCCAGGUCGCCCUCCUCGUCCUGGUAACCAGCAGGGACCACCCCAACAAGGAGGACAGCAGCAGCAGCAGCAGCAGCCAGGUCGCCCUCCUCGUCCUGGAAACCAGCAGGGACCACCCCAACAAGGAGGCCAGCAGCAGCAGCAGCAGCAGCAGCAGCAGCCAGGUCGCCCCCCUCGUCCUGGAAACCAGCAGGGACCACCCCAACAAGGAGGCCGCCAGCAGCAGCAGCAGCAGCAGCCAGGUCGCCCCCCUCGUCCUGGUAACCAGCAGGGACCACCCCAACAAGGAGGCCAGCCGCAGCAGCAGCAGCAGCAGCAGCAGCCAGGUCGCCCCCCUCGUCCUGGAAACCAGCAGGGACCACCCCAACAAGGAGGCCGCCAGCAGCAGCAGCAGCAGCAGCCAGGUCGCCCUCCUCGUCCUGGAAACCAGCAGGGACCACCCCAACAAGGAGGCCAGCAGCAGCAACAGCAGCAGCAGCCAGGUCGCCCUCCUCGUCCUGGAAACCAGCAGGGACCACCCCAACAAGGAGGUCAGCAGCAGCAGCAGCAGCAGCAGCAGCCAGGUCGCCCUCCUCGUCCUGGUAACCAGCAGGGACCACCCCAACAAGGAGGCCAGCAGCAGCAGCAGCAGCAGCAGCCAGGUCGCCCCCCUCGUCCUGGAAACCAGCAGGGACCACCCCAGUCAGAAGACUAUCAUCAGUUAAUAGAAUAG